AUGUCGUCCUCACUUAAGACUUCAGCUCGACCCGGAGGACCCGCUACGCUUCAGUCCAAGACGGAAAGACCAUCUGCAAAGAGGAAUGUUCUGGCUGAAAUCCAACCUAGAGCGCAGCCUGCACCUGUCUCGCCUUACAGUCGUGCCCAAGCCCCUGCAAGCUCGUCGCCCCGACUACCACACCACGAGUCACUUAAACCUGAAGGCAAUUUAUCCAUUCGUGAGAAGACUGCCGGGAAACGCCCCGCCAUCGAAAACAAGCGGCUCUCCACUGUAGCGGAUGAUAUUGCCACAGAGAGUAAGAGGGACUCGCAAGUCUCAACAACGUCAGCAGUAUCUGCUACUACCAAGGGGAAAAGAAAGACCCAUGUUGGGCCAUGGCAACUAGGAAAGACCCUGGGAAAGGGUGCAACAGGGCGAGUCCGUCUGGCAAAACAUGCAGUAACUGGCCAAACCGCAGCGGUCAAGAUUGUCUCCAAGAAGUCUGCCGCACUUGUCCAAAGUGCGAGUAUGGCUCGCAUGGACGACGAAGAGACGCUUUCGAUGAUUGCGGCGGGUCCACGAACAAUGCCAUUUGGUAUCGAACGCGAAGUUGUCAUCAUGAAGUUGAUUGAGCACCCCAACAUCAUCAAUCUUUACGACAUCUGGGAGAACCGUGGUGAGCUUUACUUGGUCCUCGAAUAUGUUGCGGGGGGUGAGCUGUUCGACUACGUUUCGGGCAACGGAUCUCUACCUGAAGAUGAAGCAGUGAGACUGUUCCGCCAGAUCAUCGCUGGUCUUUCAUAUUGUCAUCGUUUCAACAUCUGUCACCGCGAUCUCAAGCCAGAGAACAUCCUCCUCGAUGGCAACCGAAAUAUCAAGUUGGCAGACUUUGGCAUGGCAGCUCUGCAGCCCGAUGGCACAUGGCUCAAUACAUCAUGCGGUAGCCCGCACUAUGCCGCGCCUGAGAUCAUCCAAGGCAACCAGUACCGUGGCGACAGGGCUGACAUCUGGAGCACAGGGAUCAUCUUGUACGCAAUGCUCAACGGCUUUCUACCUUUUGAUGGUGGAUCACUGGUUAACACUUUACGUUUGGUCAAGAAAGGAGAGUACUUUAUCCCUCCAAAUUUGAGUCCUGAAGCUGCGGAUCUUAUACAACGUAUCCUGCAAAAGCGACCAGAAAAGCGAAUCACAAUGGAUGAGAUCUGGGAACACAGACUUCUCAAGAAGUACGAGAAGUAUCAUGCAAGCUUGGUGGCACCCGAACCACUCAUUGGAGUAGCUCCGCCUUUGAGUAUCGAGUCACAAGGCCGACGCGUCGUCAAACGUUCCGAAAUCGAUGCCGAAAUUUUGAGGAAUCUUUCGACCCUGUGGCAUGGCAAAAAGCCAGACGAACUGAUCAAACAACUGACGAGCGAUGAGCCAAACCAUGAGAAACUUUUCUAUUGGGCACUGGUAAAGUUUCGAGAUGAUCAGCUUGAGAAUUACCCGGGCGACCCUCUUCAUUACUCUGCAAGUGACUAUCACCAUGUUAGCAAACCGAAACCUAAACCCAAACGUGCUCCUAAUGGUCGCGGACACAAUCGACGAGGUUCUCAAUUCUCCAUUGUCAGCGACGACAACAAUAGGCGAGACGGGUACUAUAAGAAUCCCGGCACCGCGGCAAGCAAGGCAACUCAGAGCAGCUAUGACCCUUACCGUGCGUCGAGGACGCCAAUUGCUGGAGAUACCUUAGAGCCGCCCACAGUCGUUGUUCGUCAUCGGCCAACCACUCCAGGUGGUCGAUCUGUGAGCUCAGCGAGCAGCGCACGACACAAGGCCGUGGAUCGACUGAGGCCAGACGUUCCCGCUCUCCCGAGUUUCACAUCCGAAGAGCUUGAGAAACUCAUCCAGAAGAAGCGUGCCUCGUAUUCCACAGCAACAUCCAAAAGCUCCCUGUCUAGCACAAGGCGCGUUCAUGGUAUCCGGAAGUCGAUGAGCUACAAGCGACAAGUCAGCUUCCAACACCGUCGACAGAAUUCAUCCGGUACCACAAACCCUCGUGCUCGAACGUUGUUGUCAGACAAUCAUCUCGCAGACCGUCCUGCCACUCGAGGGACUACGAACGGAAGAUCUGAGACACAGAGCAAUCCGAGUCUACCAACACCUUCCCAAGCCUAUCGUCCGCGCAAAUCCAGCUCCGAGAUCGACGUCAAGAAGCCACGCGUGGCCAGCUCUUACUGGAAAGAUGAAACACGUAAGGUCAGUGCUGAACUCGGCAAGAUUUGUGAAGAAGCGUUCAAUCGAUCGUCGGUGUCUACAGUUAGCGAAGUCAGCCCAGCUCCGCCAAUGGAUUCAUCGGCAACAUCAAUGGCAGCACAUGCUUAUAAAAUGCCAGAGAGCAUCCGUGAUCGACCCCUUCCUGCAACACCAAUCCUUCAAGAAUUGACGGAACGUCGACAGAAGAUCAUUGAGACCUGGGGUGACGCUGACCCAAAUGUUUUAGCUGACAUGCUGGCUGCUGUUGACAAGCGUAUCGAUGCCGAGUUGGGCAAAGAGGGAAGAUUUGACAUGCGAGCGGCUUCUGAUCCGACACAUGGGGCUGGACCAAGCAGAUAUCAUCGUCCUAUGUUGCCGGUCGAUACUAUGGAAGACUUGAAGCGCAAUCGUGAGGAUAGCUCUAGAGCAGCAUCGGAUCCCGUCAAAUUGAAGACCCCCCAGGUGCAAAAGGACACCACAAUUCGCCUCGUGACUCCGGACCCAACUUCGCCCUUCGCUCGAAUAGAGCCCCUUCGAGUCAAAAUGAACAAGGCUGCGCCAAUCAACUCUCUCAGGGGCGGCCCAGCCGAAACCUACGAGCGUGUUGGGUACGACCCGCGGCUAUAUGCCAAACGGGAACUUGACACGAUUGAUGAGAACCCUGGGUCGCCAAAGAAGAAAACUUUCCCAGCAUCGUCUAACGCCGCACGAAAAUGGUCAUGGCUUGGGAAACGUGGGUCUGGUCCUCAGGAACCCCUAGAUUCUAACAAGUCUUCCGAGGAGACUGGUCAAGAGACUGUUUCCAACACCUCUCAGAUUGUCCAACCAAGCGAAUCCGGCAACUCUUCUACCCUCUCGACAACAAAAGCGAGUGAGCCACAAUCGGGUGAUAUUGAGUUGCAUAUCGAGAAGAAGAGAAAAUGGUUCCAGAAGAUGUUCGGGAGACCAUCGAAGCCUAAGGACGACGUCUCGGCACUCCCGAUUGGACAUCGCAUUGUGCGAGACCUAUCGGAUGGAACAGACACCAACGAACCAAAUCGCGAGGUCAACGCUAAUGAUAGAGUCAGAGUUCAGAAGUCUUACCCUCCGGCGACCAGUGUCGAUGCCGCCAUGGCAGCCGCAGCAGUUGGGCCUAUUGAAAUCAAUCAGAAUUGGUUCGCAAAGUUUUUCCAUGUGAAACCCGCGACUCGUGUGAUCUGUCUUCAAAUCAGCAAGGCCAAAGCGAAGAAAGAGCUUGUCAAGAUUUUGAAAGAGUGGCGCAAGUACGGAUUGAGAGAUGUGGUUUCCGAACGACGAGGAGGCAGUGAUGUUGUACGAGGGCGCGUUGAUGCUUCAAAUUACCUACAACUCAAGCCUGUCCAUUUCCAUGCCUAUCUGUAUUCCGUGCUUGAACACGGUCGAAAAGCCAAUUUGAGCAUUAUGAAAUUUACUCAAGAGAAGGGAGCAGCGAGCAGUUUUUACAAAGUUGUUGAUACCCUUGAGACUGUCUUGAAGGAGCGGAACUUGUUGGUGCUCGAUGCGCAGCGCAAGAAGGCCAUUGAGCGUAGUCUUAAGGACGCAGGUUUGUGA